UGCUAUCAAAUACGCAGUCCACAUCAAUCCACCGGCGCGCAUCGACGACAUCAACAUUCUCCAGGUAAACAGACCCAAUGCGAUAGCGACAACACCAUUCUAGGCGACGCUCGAGUCCAUGCGCAAGUGCGUCGAGGACCUCCCGAUGCCGGUCGACUAUGCGCUCAUCGACGGCAAACGCAUGCCAACACUCGACGUCGACGGCGAGACCGUCGUCAAAGGGGAUGGGCGCGUCUACUCGAUCGCAGCUGCCUCCGUCAUUGCCAAGGUAGACUCGUCAAUCUACGGCAGCCGCCGUUGACAAUUGCUAGGUCACGCGAGACCGCCUUAUGGUCGCCUACGACAAGGUACCACUUGUACACAAGUAUGCCCACCGUCGUGUUGAAGGUCGCAUAGUACGUCACCGCGGGUGGAGCGU